GCCAGGUGCCCCAGGUUCCCGUCCAUGGAAAGACCACUCACGGUCCUGCGGGUGAGCCUGCACCACCCCACCCAGGGCCCCGCCGUCUUCGCCACUGUCCCUCCAAGCCUGCAGCACGACACCAGCCCGCUUCUGGUGGGGCGGGGCCUGGACGCCCACCUCCGGCUGCCCCUCCCCCAGCUGUCCCGCCAACACCUGUCCCUGGAGCCCUACCGGGAGAAGGACAGUGCUCUGCUGGCCUUCAGCCUCAAGACCCUGAGUCGCAGGGGCUGCGUGUGGGUCAACGGGCUGACUCUGAGGUUCCUGGAACAGAUCCCCCUGAGCACCGUCAACAGAGUUGCCUUCUCGGGCAUCCAGAUGUUGGUCCACAUAGAGAGAGGCACCUCCCUGGAGGCCUUUGUCUGCCGCUUCCACAUCAGCCCCUCGCCCCUGAUUUACAGGCCCCAGGCGGAGGAGACUGAUGAAUGGGAAGACAUCCCCAAGGAGCCACCUGCCCCAGCUUCAGAGCAACUGGCUCCAGGUCACCUGGGCUUUCUCCACGGCCCUUCCCGGACCGGGGACAGCUCACGCCAGCCAGGCGCUGGAGGAGCAGCAGAAAUACAGCUCCAGAGGGAGCCCGCAGACGGCGAGCUCUGCUAG